AUGGUAAGAUUUGCACAUACGCACAGAAUCUGUCCAUCUCAUCCACAGCUUAAAUUAGUCAAACAAUUAGAAACUGCUGAAGAAAUACGAUUAAGAUUUUAUAAAAAUGCAGAAAAUUUGUCAGAAGAUGAUGUAAAGUGGUUUGAAGAGUACCUUGCUGAAAGAGAAAGGAAAUUACGACAGGUUUUAGUAGAAAGAAGAAAGAAUGUAGAAGAUUCACAAGAAAAAGAUUGUACAAAAAGUGACCAAGAAAUAAAUAUUCCGCAACAAAUUCAACAGAAGUUACAAAACAGAAGAACAAAUUUCAAUGAUGGUUUACUACUAUGGGCAUUUAUACAAGAUGUGCAUGAAAAAGGGGAGAAUUCAAAAGCUUUGUUUGAAAAAUCCUGUAAUUCUGUCAUUGUUCAAAAUUGGAGUGACUCUUUUGUGUGAACAGCUAAAUUAAAUUUUGAAAAGCCCAAUUACCACCAAUAAGUUUUAGAAAAAUAUUCAUUUAGGUAUGUGAUCAAUUUUUCUUUAAAGAAUAAAGCAUGAGUGACAAGUUUAAAGAAUCUUGAUUAACACAUUGACUGCUGUGCUGAAUUUCUUGCAAUAUAAUUUAUAUGGGCCUACAGAUCAUCAGUGCC